UUCAAGAAACCUUGGGUUGGCACUUAUUUUGCUGAACAGAAAGUGAAGUCAAUUAGAACCGAAUCGGUGCAAACAACAACUGCUUUCGAAUAGUUCCGUAUCUCUGCAAAAAGAAUAGUUAGUUGAUUUGUUUAUAGUAUUGGUUUGCAAUGACGGCAAUAUUUCCACGUCGCGUUGCUUGAGAAACGGACGGUGGAGAAUACCUGGUCGGAACAACAACACACAUUUUGUUACCGUGAAAGCUGCCACCGUGUAUUGCUCAAAGCCAUUGCCAUAGCACGGCAGGAUGGAGGACGGCUUGUGGUUGAUUGAGCUCGAAUCGGCGCUACAGGAUGAUUGCACGGUGGACGACAUUUACGCAAUAUGCCACGGCAAGGCACUGCCGGAAGCUUUGCGACUCGACGUGUGGCAAGUGUGCCUGGGAGUGCGCAACAAAACGGACCAGCUGGCACAGUUCAACGAGAUCUACGAUUUGCCCUUCCAGGCACAGUUGCGUUCGGAUUGCGAAGAUUUUGUCAACAAGCUUGGCAAUGAGGACGAGGACAAAGUGUCGGUCGUUUGCGAUCUCGAAUCGAUACUCACGUUUUACUGCAAAAACCGCAACCUUGUGUACGAGGCAAACAAUGGCUGGGUGGAAUUGAUGCUGCCGCUGCUCUCGCUGAAGCUGAUCCGUUCGGAUACGUACAACCUGUUCGAAGCGAUCCGUGAUACGUACAUUCCCAAGGGCUGCACCAAGAACGGUACGGUGUUCAAUGUGUUUCGGUUGCUGCUGUUGUACCACGAUCCGGAGCUGUGCACCAUCCUGGACACGAAGCGCAUUACCCCGGACUGUUAUGCGAUGGGAUGGUUCCAGACGCUGUUUGCGUCCACCUGCACGCUACCGGUCGUACUGUCCAUGUGGGAUCUGUACUUCCAGCAGUCAGAUCCAUUCCUGGUGUUCUUCCUCAGUUUGAUCGUGCUGAUCAAUCAGCGCGAUCAAAUACUUGCGAUGAAAUCAUCCACUAAGGAGGAUCUCAUCAGCUUUCUAGUCAACAUGCCCUGCAAUAUCGAGGCGGACGAUGUGCUCGAUUUCUGUUCGCUCGCCCAGUAUUACUCCGUGAAAACGCCUGCCUCCUUCAAGCGGGAUCUGCUGCAGGUGCUGUUCGGUGCACAGCGAGGAAACAGCAAGCCGGAGGGUUCGGUCGUUUCGCAAGCCCUCUGCCUGCCAGUAUCGGUUAACGAGCUCAUCGAGAACGCUUCGAUACAGAACCCCCAUCCGGAAGCGGUACGGUUCUUUCUGGUCGAUUGCCGUCCAGCGGAACAGUACAAUUCCGGUCACCUUUCCACAGCGUUCCAUCUCGAUAGCAAUCUGAUGCUACAGGAACCGGAAGCAUUCCAAACGGCUGUGCAAGGAUUACUUCGCUCACAGCGCAAUGCCAUCGAUGCCAAUUCCAAUGCAGGUGGAGAGCACCUGUGCUUUCUCGGGUCCGGCCGGCUAGAGGAGGAUCAGUACACACACAUGGUGGUGGCUUCCUUUUUGCAGAAAAAUACCAAAUACGUUUCGCUGCUGACUGGUGGGUACGAAGCGAUACACGAAUAUUUUGGCGAAAGCAUGGUUGAUUGUCUGGAGGAUCACGAUCCGCUAAAGUGCUUGCUGUGCAACAAGGACCAGCUAAGGUACGGAGGUAAGGGAGGCGCAAAUAACAACAACCAGAAAGCGCUAAACAGUGGUGCCAACAGUGCUAGCAGCAGUGCAACGAACAGUCUCAAACGAGGCAAUCAACGAUCUGGUCACUCGACCAACAAUAAUGGCACCGCUGGUGAUCGGAAGUCAACGAUCGAUCUGUUCAGCAAAUUGUCGCUGGCGAUGAAAACCAAAUCUGCCGAGGUGAAGGAAAAGCUUAUUGACUACAUUUCCAACCCGAAUGCAACCGAGCCAGGAUCUAGCCGCACCGGUAACGGUAGUGAGAAGCACGUUUCACGGAACGAUCGUAACGGUAAGCGAUACCGAAACGUUCCGCCAGUGUUUAGCAUCGGCGAAGAUCAUGAAGAGGACGACGAGCUAAACUCAGCCGCUAGCGAAUCAUCGUCGGUGGCGCGGGGCGCUAAAACGAACUCGCAGCAGCAAUCCGAUCCGGCGGAGGAGAUCGUUUCGAUACAGAGCUUCCUGAAGGGUCCGGAUGUGAUACGGCACUUCAAGUGCCAGGAGGUUCAUUUGAACGGCUAUAUGUACGACAGCUACCUGCUGGUAACGGCGACCCAUAUGAUCGUGCUACGCGAGCUGGAAACACGUCGCGAUCGGGCACGCAUAAUUGUACGACGGUUGCUGCAGAGCAUCGUAAAAAUUACCGCCAAAAAACGACAUCGGGAUCUGAUCACGUUCAAGUACGGCUACCCAGAGGAAGAGAAUCUUGUCAUCACGGAUAUGGAUCGGUUUCUGAUACCGAACGCAAGCGAAGUGACCGAUCUAAUAUCGCGCCACAUUAUUAAGCAGACGUGAACCUAAACUGGCAGCGAGGGCUGCUGGUCCGUCCCUAUCGACAACAGUGUGUCCUCUUCGGAUAGAUUUAGCGUUUUGUUACCGCCCACUCCCACAUUAGCCAUCAUCAUCUCAGUGCUGUAGGCAAGAAGUCAUCCAACCUGUCGUAUGAUUAUCGUUGUUAAAUUCGUUGAUUUUUUUUUUAUUUGUUUUAUUUUUAAUCGGGUUUUGCUCCUUAAACACACACUGUUAGUGAUGCUUAUUUUAUACUACUUACGCAUUCUAAGUCCGUCGUCAUAUAUGCACCAAUGUCCGUUACUUACCAUGUGUAGAAGACACGAUCGUGCUGUUUGUAGCGUUUUGUAUAGAUGCACUUGUAUGGAAUAGCUUGGCGAAGUUUUAAUCUUGGUUUCCUUACAAUUUCCUUCGAGGAGUAUUAUUUAUAAGAAAAGUGUGAACUGAAUCCGAGAUUUCCAAUGAUUCCCGUAGUAGUGAGAUGUGACAACAAAAGAGCGCAAAAGCUGGUGUAUAGAAAUAAACCGUAAACCAAAAGUUUUCCUCCCCCGUCGUGCAGGUAGCCAA